UAUUAACAGCUCAUUUCCAAUAUGACCUCAAACUAUUUUGCAACACAGCUUUGGAGUAAAAUCACAGACAAUACGACGCAUUCUAUAAGAUACUAUGAGCCUGAUUUCUACACGACCGAUGAUCACGGGACUGCCCACUUGUCCCUUGUAGCAGAGGAUGGCAGUGCAGUGUCAGUAACCAGCACCAUUAAUUUCUACUUUGGAUCAAAGGUGAGGUCCAGCACAAAUGGGAUUAUUUUCAAUAAUGAAAUGGAUGACUUUUCUUCACCGGGCAUUUUGAAUGGAUUUGGUGUUCCACCUUCCCCAGCCAACUUUAUCAAACCAGGUAAGACACCUCUCUCCUCCAUGUGCCCUGCCAUCAUACUUGAUAAAAACAAGUCAGUGAAGAUGGUAGUGGGUGCCUCAGGAGGAACAAAGAUCACCACAGCAACUGCUCUGGUGAUAAUGAACGUGUUAUGGUUUAAUUACAAUGUUAAGAGAGCUGUGACUGAACCCAGAGUUCACAAUCAACUAUUCCCCAAUGUGACCCAAGUUGAGGAAGCUGUGGAGAAGGCUGUACAAGAAGGCUUGCAAGAAAGGCACCAUACAUUGAAGAUGAUAACCAAGCUUACAUCAGGAGGUGUAGUACAGGCCAUCGUCAGGGAUGAAGGGAAGUGGUUUGCCGAAUCAGACUAUCGAAAAGGUGGCAAACCUGCUGGUUACUGA